AUGCAGUCGAAAAAUCUGCUUUCUUUGUUGCAAAAACGUUUUCUGGCAACAUCGGCAACACUUGCUGCUGCUACUACUGCUUCACAACCAAACCCAACAUUCGCAGUUCAAUUCUUGGUGAACUCAUGUGGGCUUCCUUUGGAAUUGGCUUUAGCUGCCUCCAAAUCCCUCAAACUCGACCAUAACAAUUCCCAGAAACCCCAAUCCGUGCUCAGUUUAUUAAAAUCUCAUCAAUUCGACGAUACCCAGAUAGCCAAUUUGAUCUCAAAGCGUCCCUCCAUUCUCCAAUCCAGGAUACAUAGCAAUCUCAGUCCCAAACUUCAGUUCUUGGUCGAAAAUGGCUUCGCCGGCAACCUACUUCCCAAGCUGAUCAUGUCGAAUCCCGAAAUUCUAGGUCGAAGCUUGGUUUCCCACAUAAAACCGACAUAUGAAUUCCUCAAAAAAUUCUUGAAAACCGAGGAGAGAGUUGUGGCUUCGGUGAAUCGAACUUCAUGGCUUCUAACUUCGGAACCCAAAUCCAAAUUGCUACCAAAUAUGGAGAUUUUGAUGAGAGAAGGAGUUCCCGAGAAAACGGUGACCCAGCUUCUACUUUCUCAUCCCAGAGCGUUGAUGCAGAAGGUGGAGAGAAUGGUUCUCUGCAUCGAAGCUGUGAAGGGGUUGGGUCUCCAACCGGGUUCUCCAAUGUUCACAGAAGCUGUUCGAGUAAAGUCCUCAAUGAGCGAUUCAACAUGGAACAAAAAAGUGCAAGUUUUCAAGGACUUGGGUUGGUCUGAAGAAGAUAUUUUUCAUGCUUUUGUACGUUGUCCAAAUUCUUUAGCUUAUUCGGAGGAGAAAAUUCGGAGAGCCAUGGAUUUCUAUAUGAAGACUAUGAAGUUGGAGUUGGAAGAAAUAAUUUCUUCUCCCAAGUUGCUUAGCUUUUCAAUUGAGGCAAGAAUUCGUCCAAGAUACCAAGUUUUGACGGUUUUAGUGUCUAAGGGGCUGAUUAAACAUGACAACAAACCCCGCUUUGUGUUUGAACAAUCUGAGACUAGAUUCUUGGGCAACUUCAUUUUCAAGUAUAUCGGUGAAAUUCCAAAUUUGUUGGAAAUGUAUAAUGCUGCCAAAGCAAAGGCAAUGUGAUGAUGAUGAUAAUUUUUUUUUUGCUUGAAGAUGAUGAUGAUAAUUUAUGGUAAUUAAGUUUCGUCCGAAUUAAUGUCCAAAAAAAAUAGUUUGGUCGAAAUUUACUCUCUGAUUUUCUCAUGGCAUGAAAUACUUUCUCUAUGAAUAUAGUGCAUAUUUUUUAAGAGUAUACUUUCUCUAUGAAUAUAGGUACAGAUUAUAUGA